AGUGCUGCUUUGUGAAUAAAGGGAGCGGCGGAAGGGGCAGAAAGCAAACUUUUUCAAAAGAAGAAAAAACGCCGUUCUUUUCCUCCACGUUUCGGGGUGAAGAAGCUUCCUCGGCACACCCGGAGCGACACGGGAGCCCACGCUAGAAGGUGCUUCAUGAUGAUGGUGCUCACUUUGCUGUGUCUGCUCCUCGCGGCACCGAUUCGGGGCGAGCCCUGCCUCAUCAUCAGCGAGAUCAACGCCGACAACCCCAAACUGGACACCAGCGAGUUCGUGGAGUUGUACCACACCAGCGGACAACGGUCUUCCCUGGACGGAUUCACUCUGGUCUUCUACAACGGGAACGGAAACGUGGCUUAUAAAGUUUUAGACCUAAAUGGCCACAGCACGGACGACAGGGGCUUCUUCCUGGUCGGCUCGUUGGACAUGCUCCCCAAACCCGCCAUCCUCCUGCCUCCCAACACCGUCCAGAACGGUCCGGAUGACGCCGUCGCGCUCUAUCAUACGUCGGCGGCGCGGUAUGUCGAGAAGAUGAACGUCACCUCCAUGGGUUUGGUGGACGCCAUUGUUUAUACCACACGCAAGACAGGCGGAGCUGAGGUCCUGGCAGAUAUCCUCACGCCAGGGGAGCUGGCAUUUGUCGAGGAUGAAAGCGCCCUGGAGGGGGACGAAUCCAUAGAGAGGUGUUUGUUGUCUGAAGAUCGCUGGGGCUUCAGGGUGUCCGCUCCCUCCCCGGGCCAGAGGAACAACUGCACGCCGUCCGCCGUGCCGUUGAGCCGGCCCGUCAUCACCGAGCUGAAGCUGGGCGGAGGUCAGGUGGACGGCUUCGUGGAGCUGAUGUCGCCGUCCGAGGCCGGGCCAUUUGUGUUGGUGGUGCUGAACGGGAAAACGGACAGAGUCAGUGUCAGUUUGAACGUGAACGCGAGCACCUCCAGGAACGGACUCAUCUCCAUAAUUGUAGACAAGAGGUUUAUGAAAGGAGACGAGUCCGGGGGAGUCGCCGUAUACAGCGGUACGACUUCGGAGUUUCCCGUGGGUGGCCCGCUGAGCCUGAUCGAGCCUCUGGACUCGUUUGUGUUCGCCGGCCCCGGAGACAAGCCCAGCGCCAACCUUACGGAGACCCUCAUCCCCGGCAGGCAGCCAUAUCAGCUCAGCAACAGUUUAAAGGAGGGAGGCUUCUACCUCAGCCGUUGUGGUAUGGCCAUGUGGACCAGAGAUCCCGGCGUCUUUUGGGAGGCUCCGCAAACCCCGGGGCAACCCAACCAGUGCCCCUGGCCAAAAAUCUGCCCUCACACUUUGGUAGUUCCGGGAGGAGGUUCGGAUACGUCUCCUCACCUGCCAUCUUGGGGGCCCGGUGACUUCUUGAUCAACGAGCUGAACGCGGACACCCCCGGCGCGGCUGAGGACGGCGAGUACGUGGAACUGUGGCACCCCUCUGGACGCCGCGUGUCCCUGCAGGGCAUCUGGAUUCUGCUUUUCAGUGCCCACAACAACAAACCCUACAGAGAGAUCAGUCUGAGUGGGCACUUCACCACCGCCAAGGGAUACUUCCUGCUGGGCAGCGAUAGGCUGGUGCCGGCGCCUUCUCUCCGCCUACCUCCCAACACCAUCCAGAACGGACCGGACGCCGUGGCGCUGUACCGCAGCCCGUUCGGCCCGCCGUCGUCACAGCAAAGGGGGAUCCCCACCAAAGGGCUCCUGGAUGCCGUGGUGUAUCGCAAGAUGGGAUCGGAUCAGGAGGCGCAGGAGCUUAGUAAGGCGCUGACGCCUGGACAGCUUCCCUUACUGGAGGACCCGGAGGUUCUUCCUGGUGAUGAGGCGCUCAGCCGCUGCGGAGGACUUUACCCUCAUGACUUGUCUGCAUUUUCAGUGGCUCCGCCUACUCCACUGAGAGAGAACAGCUGUCCUCGGCCACCUCCGCCUCCCGAGGGCGUGGUCAUCAACGAGGUGGCCAGCCGCCACUGGACCAAUCACAGCCAGCAGAGGUCCUUUGUGGAGUUGUACGGGCCCCCGUUGAUCAAUCUGCGUGGUCUGGUACUGGUGGUGUUGGACCAGGAACACAGCGGCAGGAUCGUUGCACUUCCUUUGAUCGGAGCUGUCACCCGUGACGGGUAUUACACAAUCGGGAAUGUCACUGACGCCGAUCAGACUUUCCCAGAAGGCGUGGAUGUGCCGGCACGGGGAACGGUCAUCUUGUGUUACGACCUUUUCAGCGUGUGCAGAGCCGCCACCGCCCUGACCAACUCCAGUCGGCGGGACGAGCUGAUGUUCAGUGACGUCCAGAUGCUGCUCUCCUCAACGUCCACUAGAGGGAGCCAGGUUAUUCCAGCCCUCAGGUCUGUCAAAAACGCUGCGGUCUCUGUCAGCCGUUGUGCGUGCUGCGAUGUGAGGAGCCCUUCUUCCUGGACGACGUCUUCGUCGACACCUCAAAGUGUUAACAUCUGCCCCAGCUUGGACUUCUCCAGUCACAUCGACAUUUGCCUCGGACCGCCUUCCAGCGGCUGGACGGAAAACUCAGGAGACUGCAGUGGUUUCAUUCUAGGAAGGAGGAUGGUCCAAGUGGCCCAUUAUCUGGAGCAGAGGUGUCUCUGCGGAAUAUCCGCUUUAUCACUCCAAGGGGCCAAUUUCUCCUGUGUGUCCGGCUGGUUGCGAGUGUGGGGAAGCAUUCGGGCCUUCUCGGACCACCAGAGGGCGCUCAUCAUCCAGACCUCCACUGUGAACCUCUCGCAUGCUGAUGUUUGCGCCGCUCCUGUCACGGACCGCCACACCAGCACAGGAUCCAGCCUGGGUCUACAGAUUGGUCUGGUAGUCGCGGUGCUCGUGCUACUCGCGCUUGGAGCGGCUCUUUUUAUGUAUUUCUACAAAAGAACGCGUCCUCUGGACUACGCCACCAUGGAGCUGAGCGAGCAUGCAGAGGGUCUCUCAGAUCUAUAGUCCAGGAAAUAUCAGAGGAUUAUUUCAAAUGGGAUCGCUGAUGAAAAUGAGCUGUUUUAGAAAAUAUUUUUUUAUAAAGGUCAAUGUGAACAGUGCUGGUUACUAUGAAAGGGAAAAGGGUACUCAAGGGGGGGAAGGGUUAAUACUUGACAGAAAUAGUCAUUUUGUGAAAGAAAAAUACUUUAGAAUGAUUGUUGCUUUGUAAAUUUGCUUGUAGUAAAUGUUUAUAGUUGCUCUUAUUGGUGGUUUAAACGAGGGCAGUAUUUGUGAUUUUCCUUCAGAGGGCCACUUAAUGACUGAAAAUCGUAUAAACACAUUUACUGUACACAAUUUACGAUGUAUUUUUGUUGUUAAGUGAGAGAUGAAAGUUCGCUUUAGAAGCAGCAGCGGCGCCGUCUUGUGGCAAAAUUAGGGCAUUACAUUUGUUAGCUCUUGCAAAGAUUUGUUAAAUGUGAAGGAAUUACCACUUUUGAUGCUCACUUAAAUCGAAUCGUUUACAUUUUCUUGUCUUGUGAUAAAAAAAAAAGGGACGCAAGCCUUGAGUCGUUUAUGAAAAUUGCUUACUUACAAUAAAUAUGGAGUGUGGGUGUGUUAUGUUUAUGCUGAUAGUA